UCAUGUGACUCAUAGUAAUAAUCAGUUCAUAAUGAAGAGAAGCACAGAGGGAGACAGAGCUGUUCUGCGCCUGGAAGUCUUCCCAUCACAUUUAUCUGCGCUCUUUUUGGGCCCCACGGAGGCGAUCCUGCUGAGCGGGACGCGCGGACUGCUUGCUGGCAGAAGAGUUUUUCGUGUAGCGGAUGAUGUCAGUGGUGGGCGCACAGCCUUUCAUCAAGCCGAUGCAGUCUUCACCUUCAGUGUCACCGGGUAUCCAGCGGAGACACACGCUUCCCGCCAGUGAAGUCCGGCCUCUCAACACGCAGGAUGCCAUCAGCGUCUUUGAAAUCGAGCGAGAGGCGUUUAUCUCGGUGUCAGGUGAGUGUCCCCUCCACCUGGAUGAAGUGCGUCACUUUCUCACUCUGUGCCCUGAGCUCUCUAUGGGCUGGUUCGAGGAGGGCCGCCUGGUGGCGUUCAUCAUCGGCUCUCUUUGGGAUCAAGAUCGACUCGCCACGGAAGCGCUGACCCUUCAUAAGCCCUGCGGCUCCACCGUCCACAUCCACGUCCUCGCCGUGCACCGCACCUUCCGACAGCAAGGCAAAGGCCCCAUCCUGAUGUGGCGCUACCUGCAGUACCUCCGCUGCCUUCCCAACGUGCGCCGCGCCGUACUGAUGUGUGAGGAUUUUCUCAUCCCCUUCUACCGCAAGUCAGGCUUCAAGGUGCUGGGCCGCUGCGCCGUCACCGUGGCCAACCUGACCUUUACCGAAAUGUGGUACCCCAUCAGCGGCCACGCCUACAUGCGCCGUAACAGCGAGGCCAUCCGCUUCCCGCAGCAUCCUCUGACUGUUCCUCUGACAAAGACCGAUGAGCAAGUCGAUGUUUAACCGAGCAGGUCACGUGCUCUCAGUGGGACCGCAGGACGUUUUCCUCCCGUCUGUUUCUGUGUUAAUAAAGAAGAAUCUAGAGCCCUCCGUUUGAAGUGUAAUGUGUAGUCAUGUCAGAGGGUUGGCUCUGCCGUCAGCGGUUUCCUGCUUAACACCUGUCGGAGCUUCCCGCGCUGCGUGCUGACGUCAGUGAGCGGCUCCUGCAGCUUCAUUAGCGGGUUUAUCUCUGAUAAACGUUGAGGGGGAUUUAAAGGCUGUCAUCGGUGAGCCUGCAGGCGUCUCCAUCCCGGUCAGCACCUUUCUAAGGACACGUUCUCUCACUUUGUUCCUGUUGCAGCAACAAAAUGUCAAUAAAGUGUUUUAUACUGUUUUA